AUGAUGGUUCCAAGCCAUCUUCUGUGGCUUGUGCACGCUCUGCCAGCUGUUGCUCUGACCAUAACUGCAAUCCCUACGCCGGCUCCCUUGCCCACUGCAUCAUGUAGCUCGGAGAAUUUGAUCCAAGAAGGGUCUUUCUCGGGCGAUGAUCUCAACGAUGGAGUGUGGGAGGUCAUCGGUAGUGAACCUGGAACGGUCGUCGACGACUACCUGUCUGUAUUUGAUCUCAAACAUCAAAAGCUCUACUCACAUCUGCAUAGGCACCUGAGCGCCACCGCCGUUAAUCAGAUGUCGCUAUUGAUCCAGUCUGGAUCCAGCGCCGUCGCAGGAAAAAGCUACACCUUUUCCAUGGAUUUCCGCCAAAACGCAGGUGCCGAUACCUGUUCUCUGGAGAUUCAUAUCGGCGGCCUCCUCGUUGAUACUAGCAGCCACACUGCAGGGGAUUCUUGGACCACCAUCUCCAAGCCAUGGACUGCUUCCAGUGCAUCUUCUGAUCUCAUACUCAUCAUCGGUUGCGACGGCGAGAACGAUGUCGGGUCGACUGUGGAUGUGACCAAAAUUUCGCUCGUAGAGAGCUGUGGCACUUCUUCAUUGUCAAGUGUCUCUGUGCCCAUUAGAACCCCAUCUAUUCCUCCUGUCUCUAGCACACCGGUUGCUUCGGCGUCACCAUCGGCUGAACCCAGCUCUCAGCCGUCUUCUGGUGCUGUUUCCUCGAGUGCUGUGAUUACCCCUUCUAGUUCCCCCAGCCAGCCUGGAUCUCACGCAUCUUCCAGCGCCUCUGCUACCCCCUCUGGUGCUCCCAUUGAUUCCGGCUCCCACUCCUCUUCUGUUGCUGUGACCUCGAGUGGUGCAGUAACUCCUUCUGGUUCUCCCAGCCAGCCCGGAUCCCACGCAUCUUCCAGUGCUUCUGCUAUUCCCUCUAGUCCUGCAAAUGAGUCUGGCUCCCACUCGUCUUCUAUUGCUGUUUCCUCGAGUGCUGUGAUUACUCCUUCUGGCUCCCCCAGCCAACCUGGGUCCCACGUUUCUUCCAGUGCCUCGGUCGUUCCCUCUGGUCCUUCUACUGAUUCCGGAUCCCAUGCAUCCUCCACUGUCUCUGCUCCUAUUUCUGGUCAGCCAGGCUCCCAUGGAUCUUCUGGUAUCUCCACUGCUCCCUCGAGCCACGCUACCGUCCAACCCAGCUCCCAUGGCUCAUCUAGUGGCAUCGAAACUAGCCCCGUGUCCACAUUUCCUUCUGUGUCCGCUUCUUCCACCCACAUCUCACCGGCUGCGACCUCUAGCCCUGCAGAGCCCAUCGCACCUACUACCACAACCACUGGAUCAACACUCCCGACAUCUAACGGGGAUAGUCAUUCCUCUAGCAAUGCUCAAUCUUCCGGUGCUACUACCACCGGCAAUUCAGGCAGCUCUGAGGGCCAAAGUGGAACGACCACUCAUGAAGCACCAGGAUCCCAGACAACUGCUGCAUCAUCGCCAGCUAUCUCUUCCCCUGCGGGAACUUCUACACAGGAAAUGACUACCUCCACUGUAUUCACAACUCGCACUGCAACAAUCACUGCUUGCCCCUCUACCGUCACUGACUGCCCUGCCACUGAGAAGACUACCUACACCACCACUGAAACCAUCGUCCUUUCGACCACAAUUUGCCCAGUUGCUGAUGCGACUAUAACCGCCGAAGGCUCGCACCCUACUGGAUCCACAGGAAUUGGCAGUGGCAGUGGCUCUGAAUCCGGCUCUGGAUCUGGGUCUGGAUCUGGCUCGGGCGACAGCGGCAAUGGCAACGGCAAUGGUUCUGGAUCCGACUCCAACGGCAACGGUAGCAACAGUGGUAAUGGCUCUGGCUCAGACUACACAAUCUCGACAAUCUACUCCACCCGCACAGUUACCUUGACCGAGUGCCCAGCAACAGUGACCGACUGCCCAGCCCGCGACAAGACGACACACGUCGCCACUGAGACUGUCGUCGCCGGAACCACCACGAUCCCCAUUAAGCCUGCGACGACUACCGCGGCCGGUGCGGCUCAUGGCUCUUCCGUGCCUGUUCAGACUACGACUAUCGUUGUCGGCACCGAGACUAGAACCUCUACUAUCUUCUCUGCGAUUACAGUUACCGGUUCCUCUGUCAGCGAGGGCGGUGCUGUUGAGACUGGCGUUUCUCACGUCGGUGGAAUAAUUGGUUCUGCCCAUGAUGACAAUGAGUCUAGUGUUUCGGCGGGACAAGGUGAAGGCUCUAGUGGCUCUGAGUCCACCGGCUCUGGCUCGACGGGCACUGGCUCGACUGGCUCUGGCUCGACUGGCUCUGGCUCGACUGGCUCUGGCUCGACUGGCUCCGAUUCCGGCUCCACCAGCCCUGGCUCGGAUACCGUCCCACCCAACAACAGCGCCGAAAGCCACUCCAACCUCCCAGGUAUUACACGCAUCAGCUCCGCAACCCCAAGCCUCACUCGUGCCGCCUCUUCUACCGCGAAGGUCUCACCCGUCGCGGCCAGCCCAUCUGGAUCUGACAGCCAGGCUAGUGCGACUACCAUCGCUGGUUCGGUUGGCAGUGGUACCCAGACUACCGAGGCCACAGCUAGUGUGUCGCCUGUCUUCAACGGUGCCUCGCCUCUGACCGUGUCUGGUGCUGUUUCCGCUCUCGGGGCUAUCGCUGCCCUGGCACUCUUUCUUUAA